CUCAAGAACAUUUUCAAGCUUUCCUCUUUCUGCACAAAUCAGCUUGAGGCAUUAGACGGCAAAGAUGUCUUUGUUCUUAUGCCCACUGGAGGUGGAAAGAGUUUGUGUUACCAACUCCCCACCAUUUGCAAGACCCAAGGAGUCACAUUAGUCAUCACGCCGCUCCUGGCAAAUAUUAAAGGCGGAGAACAUUGA